CUCUUCCCUAAACUCUCAUAGCGUUGUUGAUCAUCAGAGAGAUGGUUGUCGAUUUGGAGUCGGUGUCAGAGGCGACCUCCGGAGCCGUGGGGUCGCUUCUGAGCACAACCAUCUUAUAUCCACUCGAUACAUGCAAAUCAAAGUUCCAGGCCGAGGUUCGAGCCCAAGGCCAGCAAAAAUACAGACAUCUCUCUGAUGUUCUGUGGGAAGCGGUUUCGAAACGACAGAUUAUGUCGCUGUAUCAAGGCCUAGGGACAAAGAAUCUGCAGUCCUUUGUUUCGCAGUUCAUCUACUUUUAUAGCUAUAGCUAUUUCAAGAGGGUGUAUAGUCAAAGAACCGGUUCGAAAUCGAUCGGAACGAAGGCGAACUUGCUCAUUGCUGCUGCUGCAGGAGCUUGUACUUCUGUCUUAACCCAGCCUCUAGAUACAGCUUCGUCACGGAUGCAAACGAGUGAGUUUGGAGAAUCUAAAGGGUUGUGGAAGACGUUAACAGGUGGUGCAUGGGGAGACGCGUUUGAUGGACUAGAGAUCUCUCUUUUAUUGACUUCGAAUCCCGCAAUUCAGUAUACUGUGUUCGAUCAGCUGAAGCAGCGCCUGCUUGAACAGAAAACUGCUAAAGCUAAGAAUGGUUCUUCUUCACCGGUCGUGCUCUCUGCCUUUAUGGCCUUCUUUUUAGGUGCCGCCUCCAAAAGUGUUGCCACUGUCAUCACAUAUCCUGCAAUAAGGUGCAAAGUGAUGAUUCAAGCUGCUGAUGACUCAAAGGGAAAGGAAACUAAGAAGCCUGUAAGAAGGACAAGGAAAACGAUUCUAGGGGUUGUCUGUGACAUAUGGAGAAAAGAAGGGAUGCUAGGGUUCUUUAAGGGGCUGCAUGCUCAGAUCUUGAAGACAGUUCUGAGCUCAGCUUUGCUACUGAUGAUCAAGGAGAAGAUCAGUGCAACAACGUGGAUUCUCAUUCUAGCUAUCCGUAGAACUCUGUUUCUCACAAAGGGUAAGUUGAAAAGUCCUUGAGCAAAGCAAGGACAGGCUUGCAGGUCGGUCAAGUUGUUCUCUCUCUUUAUGUAUGAUUCACGCAGGAUAAAUCUCGGUUUCGUUUAUAUGCACUGGUUUUUAUUCUAAUACAAGCAUUGUAAUAGUGUUUUAGUUCCACGAAACAGUCUAAGUUUUGAUCUAUAGAUCAUAUUAUGAAAAUUGGUUGUAGCUGGAUUGAUUUUCUUGGCGCGCAGGGUUGUCAAUAAAAGUGAGUCUUUGUGUAGGAACAAAGGAAAUGAUGUAAUAAAAUUGUUUCCUAAGCAACUGAAGACUAAUAUAAUACUAUUGUUGUGGA